GAAAAAUAUAUCAGGUAUGAGGAAUCCACGUUGUCGACUUGGAAUGGUCAAGCUUUCUCUAUCGAGUCUGAGGAAUCGUCGAGUUUUUCUAUCGUGUCCGAGAAAUCGUCUACCAGGACUUGGAAUCGUCGAGGUUAUCUAUAUCAAGUUAGAGGAAUCCCUGAUGCGGACUUGUAAUCGUCGAGUUUUCUUUAUCGAGUCCAAAAAAUUGUCAUUGCGGACUAGAAAUUGUCGAGUUUUCUCUAUCGAGUCUGAGGAUUCCUCGACCGAGACUUGA